CGCGAAUGCCUCGGUUGCAAAUUGCGCCUAAUUGCAGAAAUCGAAAGUAAUAACAACGAUGCAUCGUUCAAUAACUAUGUGCAAUAAUAUUUAACAAAGUGUAACUAUAUUAAUGCUGCAAGUGCAUGGACUAUCUUAAUCAAAUAUGUAAUGUUAUUUAAGAGAAUGUACAGAACACUAGUGGUGUAUUUGAUUGUGUUUCCGUGCGCUGCAAUUGUAUCGGAGGACUAUACCAUUCUUCCCUCCCAGAUGACAAACGAAAACACGUAUUCAACAGAAGGAAAACAGCGAUCACAUAUUUGUCUAGGUUAUCACAACCAUUCGGCUAGAAUAGAGCAUUAUGACCCAUUGUUGCAAUUAUGUUGCCAUGGACUUCAUUCAAGGACCUCGUCCGAUCAAGCUUGUUGCAAGGGAAUUAUUAUUGAUAGUCGGAAGCAGAUUUGUUGCGGGGAGGAAAUAAUUGACGCUACUGGAGAUAUAGGAUGUUGCGGUAGUUUCAAGUUUAAUGCAAGCCAUGGUGAAAUAUGCUGCGAUGGCCUACUGCGCAAACAACCCUCUGUUAACACUACGUGUUGCGGAACUGAGGCCAUUGACAAAGUCACUCAAAUCUGCUGCCAAGAUGGCGUUUAUUCCAAGGCACAUUGUACAUCAUGCUGCGGGUCUCACACAUAUGUACAUGCUUCACAGAUUUGUUGUAGUAAUACAACCCAGACACGUGUCGAACCCGGAGAUGAUAAAUAUCCCGAGGAGCUUGUUAAAGGAUUAGUGGGCGGUAUAAUCGUCGUUGGAGUUGCAGCAUCCAGUGGAGUUGGAAUCUUGCUUUGUUUUGUGCUGAUGAAGAAAGGUAUUUUGAGCAAACCUAAUCGAAAAAAGCUUGCAAACAGAUGUACACGAUUAAGCUGCUAUAAAAGUCACGAAUUGGAACAAUACAGAUCCGCUUCAAUCGAUAAUAUUAUCACGUUACCCUCGAACUGUUUUUUGAAAGAAGCAAGCAUGAAUGUUGAUGCCGAGUCGGUUCCCCUCGGGUUGGAAAAACAACGCGUGUAUUUCUUUAAUAAUGUAUCAGAUUACUUCGUUGACUCCGAAACACAAACGGUUGAAAUUGCACAGACGAAUAAGAAAAACGUUUUUGGACAACCCUAUUCCCACCGAGUCUUGGCUACAGAAUCGAACGCAACUGUGAACAUUCCAAACUCAGAAUCUCGUAUGACCCUUCCUUUGAGUCAACUCCGGAAACAUCCAAUCGAUGUUCACUGCUGCAGUUUCGACAACAUCCCAACGAUCCGCCAUAAAAUGGAUAUCCCAGACGAUCUGGAUUUGGCUUCGCCUACAGUCGAGUAUUUCCUACCGGGGUGUGACCAGCUAUGUGACUAUGCGGUUGUUGCGUUACCCUUUAUCGGAGACCCUUCGCAGUUGCGCGUGUGGAAGUUUCAGUCUGAUGAAGGCCUAAACGUAGUUCCAGACAAAAUUGAACUGCCUAUGAAAUCAAAACUUAACGAACAUACUGAUGCGCAUUUUGUUGUUGACGGGAAUAAAGUGCGCAUCUACACGAAAUCCUUCUCCGGAUUCUACUGCACAAUCAGUGCCGAUCGGCCCGUCACCAUGAGAGCGUUUGUGUUUGGGUCUUACAAGAAGAUAGAGCAGCCGGUCUCACCAAGACGAGAGGUCCGUCUGACGCUGUUCAUCGUGGACGACAUCAUGAAAUUCCUGGAUUAUAAACAGGCCUUGAUAUCCCGAGAGGAUAGGGAAGGAAGGGUCCUAAAAAAGGAAGAUGUUCUUUCUACACCGCAUACAACGCGUGAUACGCCUCUUAAGGCACGAGACGAAAUUCGAGCCUCGUUGUUCUAUGAUAGAAACCUGUGGACCCCAGUUCAGAUGCCUUGCAUGGAUGAAGCGGUGUUUAAAGACAAACAGGUAACCGAGUUGCAUGCAGUCCUGAAAACCAGCGAAGAGUGCGAUCGUCUGAGAUCAGCGCAAUGUGAACCGUGCAUACCGACAGUGUCAGAAUGGUACCUAUGUCAGACACAGGGUGGAAUUGCGGUUGAAUCCUUCGCUUGCGUGCUCGAUGUCGACGUCUGUAGGCGAGAAUCUAGUUCAUCGGAUGAGAUAAAGAAAAACAGACUGGUAAUUGACGAAUUAAAACUGCGUUAUGGUGAUCGACUUCCAAUUGAGGCUGAACAUGAUACUCGGGUGAUACAAGAAAUCAAAGAAUACUUCUCUAGCAACAGUGAACAACUUGCAAGAACCAGACAAGUUAUACAGGAAAGAUUCAUGGUAAGCGCAGAUUCAACUGAAGCAAUGUUUGCAGAGCUUCAAAGAAAAUUGCAGCCGGCAGAAAUCAUUGAGGCCGUUGCUAAUGCUUUAAUGAAAAAUGGUUUGAUUGGAGAUCUGGUAGCUCUACAAAAGCGUGGUUGUAUUCCUGCGCAUUAUCUGAAUUAUACUGUUCAGCAGCCAACGUCGGUCGAUCCAUCUGACUUGGCUGUUCAAGCUGAAGAAACUGAUGCCUUGCUUGGAGCCUGUGCGCUCCCUCUUCUACCUCAUUCUGACAAUGCGAUCCAGCAGGGCCUUGUCAGACGAGAGCUUAGGAUAUUACCAGUGUCAUCUAUCGUUUUGUUACAAAACGGCCGAGAAACGGUAGAGCCUGUGCCCGUAAGAAAUGUACGCCGGGAACUUCACUCGGACGUGUCCACAUACAUCACAAACGGAUUUAACGGGAUUCAGGAACAGGCAUCUCAUGAGCAAACUGAUCCAAAAUAUUUAAGUACGAUAGCUGAAUUAUCUCUCCAGGACCAAUCCGAUAGCGAUGGUGGAGAGCGAACGCCAUAGAGUAAGGAAUAUAAGAUAAACUAAUUUAAAGGUAGCAAACUACACGAUCUGAGUGAUAAAAAUCUCAACUUGUGUGUGACUGAUUAUUUUCAUGUGUUUACGAUACACAUAUAGAAAGAUGUUCGUAAAUCAUUCACAAAGAUGAUCAUGUGACGACCAGUGACUCUUUUCACACUGUUAAAGAUGCAAUUCAAUAACGAAAAACUUAAAUGUUCUUUUAUUAACAGGUGAUUUAUAUUUCUGAUAUUUUAAGUGUUCAUAUUAGUCACGAGCCUGUCGUGCAGAAAGACGCGAUUUCCAGUGCAUUAUUUAAAAAAAGUAUCAAAGAAGAAAUAGGGAAAUUACUCGCUACAAAGUACACGGGGAAAGACAGAGGCGUUCGGUCUACGUGAUAUUCCCUAUUGUGUUGAACUUGGUAAAGACGGCGCUUUAGAAAUAACAGGAUGAUACACUGUUGAUUAACAACUUCAACAAGACCUUUUCAUGAAAAUAUGGCGGGCUCGCUACAGAUGCUGAAGUCUAUGUUUGUUCCAAAACACAAAAUACUGAGUGGUCUACAAAAACUCUUGCAGAUUGUGUCGAUGGUCGAAUCGACGACGUUCCUCUGAACGCGACAACUUGCGAUGAGUCAGCUAUUGAGACACCUUCCAAUUCUCCAAGCUUGGAUUUUUUUAUUUCCUCCCCGGAGUCUGUCAUCGAAGAUGUACUGCAACUUAGUCUUGCCUAACAACCAGAUGAAGCCUCUUUUGCGUCGCAACGUUCUAUAAUUUCGACAAUGGCUUAAAUCGCCCCUAGUGUUCUUGCCGUAUCGGCGACAUCAGUUCCGACCGGGACCGUUUGGUAUCGUCCAAUCACCGGAAUAGACUUAACAGUGACUUUAGUAGUGCUUGCAUUUUUAACAAAAUCUCUGGCCGGUACGACAUAGUGCAUAAAAAUUAAUUUACACAAUGUGUUCAGGCUCUUUGCCAAAUGAGAAGAAUAUAUGUAGAGACAAAUGUUAUUCGUAUUGUAUUACGAACUUUGUGAGUGUUAAUAUUAUAUGUGCUGUAUUAUAGAAUGCUUAAAAUAUAUUAUACAUGUAGAUUGAUAAACUAUGUUUGAGUUUUUAACAUUUUUUUUAAUACAAAAUAUCUUAUUUUGCACUUUUUAUAUCUUGCUUAUACAUUAAAUAUUUUGUUAAGAAACCAUA